GACUGCAAACAUGUCUCUGGAAGACAUCCACAUGAACAUCCAGGAUUUGCUUGAAAAAGAACGAUUAGAUGCUGGAGGAUUUGGAACAGUAUCUUUAUGCUUUCACAAGAAACAUGGAUAUGUAGUGUUAAAAAAAGUGUAUACAGGACCCCAGCGCACCGAAUACAAUGCAUCCCUCCUUGAAGAAGGCAAGAUUAUGCGCAGACUGCAGCAUGACCGUGUGGUAAAACUCAUAGGUAUAAUUUUGGAAGACGGAAACUACUCACUUGUGAUGGAGUAUGUGAACCGGGGGAACAUGAUGAAAGUGCUACAGAAACUCUCACUGCCUUUGUCAGUGAAAGGGCGUUUUGUGCUGGAGAUCACAGAAGGAAUGCUUUAUCUGCAUGAGCAAGGCUUCGUACACAAAGACCUAAAACCAGAAAACAUCCUUGUGGAUGCAGAUUUCCACAUUAAGAUUGGAGAUCUUGGUGUUGCCUCCUUUAAGAGCUGGAGUCGGCUGACUCAAGAAGAGACUGUCCGACAGAAGCAAAUCAAGAACACUUGCCAGAACAAUGCUGGGACUCUCUUCUAUAUGGCCCCAGAGCAUUUAUGCAGUGUUAAUACAAAACCUGUGGAGAAGUCAGAUGUUUACAGCUUCGGCAUAGUGAUCUGGGCGAUUUUUGCUAACAAAGAGCCAUAUGAACAUGGUAUAAAUGAAGCCCAGAUUUGCUUUGGCAUCAUGAAUGGAAACAGACCAGACAUAAAGGAGAUCAGUGAUAAGUGUCCCAUGGAAAUUAUUGAGUUAAUGAAACAAUGCUGGGAGCAAGAGUCAGACAAACGGCCAACCUUUGCAGACAUUAGUGAAAGAUACGAGCCAUUUUACUAUCAAAAUCUAGGAAAAAAUAUUGAAGAUGAUCUGAAGAAGUUAAAAAAAAUGUGGCCCGAGUCAAAUGAACUGCUGAAUAGGAUGCAGUCCCUUCAAAUAGAUGCUGUAGCAGUAGAUACCAGUAAUGGUCAAGUAGAUCAGCCUAAUUCUCUGCACAGCUCUCAAGGUCCCAUGACCAGUCAGGUUAACGAAGCCCUCUUUGCUGCCUCCCCUGAGAACCAACCAGUUGAGAGCUGUGAGACCUCAUUUACAUCUGCUGAUAAUCUGGAAAGAAAACUUCAGCAUGAAUACAACUACCAUGUAUUCGGGAGCCGGAUGGAUAAAGCAGUUCCACCUGUAGUAUAUACCCCUGAAAUGAGAGAGGAAGAAAGGAGACGAAGAGUUUCCUAUGAUCCGUUUGCAAAGUCAACUCCUACUCCUCAAUGGAAUGAAACAUAUCCAAGAGCUGAAAAAACAGGAACAAACACUAAUCCAUAUUUUUGGCCACAGCCAGCUGCAACAAUCCCAAAACCGGGAAAUGUAGAUAUUUUUUAUGGGCCUAACAGUCUUCUACCGGGAAACGCAGAAGGUCUCUAUGGAUUGUGUUCAGCCAAUACCUUUAGCCUAAGUAAACCUCCUGUGCCUGAAUCUUGUUCACAUCUGCAGCCACAGACCAGCUUAAGCUGGUAUCCAAAGAAUGCAGACACAGAUACGGGUAACAAGGAUUCCACUUCUUUCACAAGGGGAACGUUUGCAUAUUGUCCUACUGCACCUCAGUUACUCAGAGGAAGCACAGAGGAUUCAAUCAAGUGCAAUAUAAGUCACAGUUCUGGAAUUCAAAUUGGAUCCUACAAUAACAUGAAGAUUAAAGAGCACAAUCAACACAUCGGCACUUCUGUUGCUACAGAAUCAAAUUAUAGGCAUUACAAAGCAACGGGUAUAUUUGACAGUACCACUGUCCUGAAUGACAAACAGGUGAAUCUAGUGAGAGAAAACCUGGCUAAACAGUGGAAGGACUGUGCUCGAAAGCUGGGCUUCUGUGAUCCCGAGAUCGAUGAAAUCGAUCACGACUAUGAACGAGAUGGACUAAAAGAAAAAGUUCACCAAAUGCUGCUUAAGUGGAAGAUGAGGGAAGGCUCCAAAGGUGCUACAGUUGGAAAGCUUGCCAAAGCCCUCUUUGGCUGCCAAAGACUGGAUCUUAUUACUAGCUUGAUGCAAAUGAAUGAGCAAUACGUUGAGGAAUAAGAGAUCUGGAGGAAAAUGAGUGUAUUUUUUCCUGAAGACCUUCCAGUAACAAGUAAUAAUUCUGAACAGACUUUUUGGACUUUUUGAUUAUGCACGGAUUUUUCCUUUUUGGAACAGAUUUUUUUCUGCGAAGCAGUUUUCAAGGAAAACCUUCAAUAAAUCAAGUUUAUGCCAAGAUAACUGGGUCUUCCACAGGAUAAAAGAAAAUAAGCAUCUUCCUUCUGAAUAAAAUGACUGUCUGAAGAUAACAACAACAAAAUUCAAUAGGAAUAUCAAUUCAAUGAAAAUGCAUUAGUCAAAGUUUCUAGAUUCUGUCUCGAAACACAUUGGUACCCUUGUUCAGUUCUGAACAAAAGCACCUUCAGCAAAGCUAAUAUAUUGGUACUAAUAUGUGAAAGACUGACUCACUCCCUGGAAAACUUGGACAGAAAACAAGAUCAGCUCUUCAGAUUUUGCCACAAGUGCCAGUACUUAAAAGGGUGCUAUCCCAGAUUGCUCUACAUCAAUAUGAUACUAUUUUUUAAAAUUUUUUUAUAAUGUUAAAUACAGAUGCCUGGAAUUAUACAGAAGAGCAAUGUGAAUAAAAGCAAAAAUUAUCUUUGGCUUAAAAAGUAUAUAAUUGAUAAAAUACUCUUUCACUGGUUAAUAUUGCAUUUUAUUUUUACAUUCCUUGGUAGAAAAGAUUUUAUGUGAUAAAUUUCUCAUCUGUUUUAUGAAAAAAAAAAAAAUUCAGUCAUUAUGCAAUCCAAAGUAAAAAACUGGAGAUGUGAGAACUUUGGAAAGGGAAAAGUGCCUUAUUACCACGUGAUCAAAGACCCAUUCUCCUACUCACCCUGAGGGCUGAGAGCAUUACUGGUUUCUGAAUCUCUUAGGCUGCAUUUAUACUGUCAUGCAAAAUUGAAUGUGCCUGCGAAUGUUCCUGCUGUGCUGAGGUUAACUGGCAUGCUGCAGCCUGCUGGCAGGAUAGCAAAUGCUUUAAACCUCAAAAUAUGGUGCAAGAGCUGCUUCCCAGCACUAAAGUUGUCUCAGGGAACCCAAGAACAGCUCCGUAGUGUAGGUGAUGGUACCCCAGUGCCUGCAGAUAUUCAUUGCUACUCAUAACUUACUAGGAUUGACAUAAUCACAGCAUGCAAGAUCUAUGAAAGAAGAUUUACUGAGCUGUACAGUUUUAUGCCUUAGGAAUAAUUAUGCCAAACUCUUCCUAUGAAGGACAAUACCUCCUUAUUUCCAUCAAAUCUACAAAUAUUUCCAGCAGAUGUCUUGGACCAAGUCAUUUUUAUGCUGCAGAAGAAAGCCAUAAGUGUUCAUUAACUUCUGAUUAUUGUCAAAAAAAAAGCUAACAAUUUAAUAAAACUGUUAAGAAGAAUGGAUUUCUGCUCUUUGAUACAGCAGCUACCAUUUCAGUAGAAACAUAUUGGAACUGGAAUCAUAGCAAGCACUAACUUCUUUGUCAUCCAUAAAUCUACUUAGCACAUGGCAAUAGUGGAAAUAGCCCCCCAAAAUGGAGAGUUUAGCAGAAAUCAAUACAAUAAGUGUGUCAUUCACCUAGAUACCGAAGAGUAUCUUAAUAAAUAGAUUUAUUGUCAGUGUAUGCUAAAACCCAUACUUUCCUUUUCGCUGAGGCUUGCUUGGGGUGUAUCAACAUAUACCACAAUACUACUUAUGUUUUGAAUUCCUCAGAAUUUGUUGCAUUACCUUAAUGUUUUGACUUAGCAACAUGAUAAAUUUUUUAUAAACUCUUGAGCACAAUAGACAGAUAAGAGACAUCAUUCUCCAGUAUAAUGAAUAUACACUUUCCAGAAAUAAUUUACUCUUCUUGAAGCAAUUCUAGAAAUAGAUGGGAAGUCAUCUGCUGGGUCAAAACACAGAGAGUUACAACUGCCAGUUGCUAUGUUACUUCAUGAAACAUUCCUUAUGUUCUAGUAAGUUUUGUUUCAAGGUGUUGCUACAUCAAUUCCCUACCCUCCAUUUGCUUUUAGGUCUCAGAUACCUAUAGUCUUUACACAACAUGCUGGUUUUCCCUCAUAAAAUCCCUCUCUUAUUUGGUACACA